CAGCCGCACAAGAAAAGGAGCUUUCAAUUCCGGGGAUUGGGCAACAAGUCAAGAGCGAGGGAGCGAAAGCGAAAGACGUCAUCUCUCUCUCUCUCACACAAAAACACACAACAGUCAUAAGCUUCAAAUUCCAUAAAUUUGGUCAGAGACAAAACCAAAUUUACCAGCAGUUCAGCUCAGCGGCACAUUGCUUCUUUUUUUUUUUUAAUUUUUUUUCUCUUUUAUUUUCUUUGGCAAUGCGGAGAUUCGUAGCCGACAAAACCAGAAAUCUCAUCAGGAGAGCUUCCACUUGGUCCCCUACUUGCCCCGUAUCCCCCCGUCCUCAUCACCCUCCUUCCCUUCUUUCUCAACCUACAUCACCACCUUUUUCCUCCUCUUCUCCUUCCCAUCCAUCGUCUAUUACUAGUCCCCUGCGUUUCUUGACCGCCGCUGCUCUCCAUCCCCUCUCUUUCCCUGCUUCUCCUAACUCCAUGGCUUCCAAUUAUUCAACCACCCCUGUUACUCUUCAAUCCGUCAAUCCAAAGGUCUUGAAAUGCGAGUAUGCUGUACGUGGAGAGAUUGUGACCUUGGCCCAGAAGUUGGAGCAGGAUUUAAAGCAGAAUCCUGAUUCUCAUCCUUUUGAUGAGAUAAUUUACUGCAACAUCGGGAAUCCUCAAUCUUUGGGCCAGCAACCUAUCACUUUUUUCAGGGAGGUACUUGCUUUAUGUGACCAUCCAGCCAUUUUGGACAGAAGUGAGACACAAGGUUUAUUCAGUGCUGAUGCUAUAGAGCGAGCCUUCCAGAUCUUGGAUCAAAUUCCUGGAAGAGCAACCGGUGCAUAUAGUCAUAGUCAGGGCAUUAAAGGGUUACGUGAGACCAUUGCUGCUGGGAUUGCAGAGCGUGAUGGAUUUCCUGCUGACCCAAAUGAUAUCUUUCUGACAGAUGGUGCGAGCCCUGCUGUUCAUAUGAUGAUGCAGUUACUGAUAAGGUCGGAGAAGGAUGGAAUUCUUUGUCCUAUUCCCCAGUACCCUCUUUAUUCUGCUUCAAUUGCCCUCCAUGGUGGUACUCUUGUUCCUUAUUAUCUUGAUGAAGCAACUGGAUGGGGACUGGAAAUCUCUGAGCUUAAGAAACAGUUGGAAACUGCCAAGUCCAACGGUGUUUGCGUUAGGGCUUUAGUUGUGAUAAAUCCUGGCAAUCCAACAGGGCAGGUUCUUGCUGAGGACAACCAGCGUGAAAUUGUGGAGUUCUGCAAGAAUGAAGGACUUGUUCUUCUGGCGGAUGAGGUAUACCAGGAAAACAUUUACGUUCCUGACAAGCAGUUUCACUCAUUUAAGAAAGUUUGCCGGUCUAUGGGGUAUGGUGAGAAAAAUAUCUCCUUGGUAUCUUUUCAGUCUGUUUCUAAAGGGUACUAUGGAGAGUGCGGAAAGAGAGGAGGUUACAUGGAAGUCACUGGUUUUAGUCCUGAGAUAAGGGAACAGAUAUACAAAGUGGCUUCUGUGAAUCUUUGUUCUAACAUCUCUGGGCAGAUUCUAGCCAGCCUUGUGAUGAACCCUCCAAAGGUGGGAGAUGAAUCAUACGAGUCCUAUACAGGAGAGAAGGAUGGAAUACUCUCAUCCUUAGCAAAGCGUGCAAAGACUCUUGAAGAUGCAUUGAACAGUUUAGAAGGCGUCACAUGCAACAGAGCUGAAGGAGCAAUGUAUCUUUUCCCCUGUAUAGACCUGCCACAUAAAGCAAUAAAAGCAGCAGAAGCAGCAAAAAGAGCCCCGGAUGCUUUUUAUGCUCAUCGCCUCCUUGAUGCAACAGGAGUUGUCGUCGUUCCUGGGUCUGGUUUUGGUCAGGUACCUGGGACUUGGCAUUUUAGGUGUACCAUAUUACCUCAAGAAGAUAGGAUACCAGCUAUAGUCUCUCGUCUCACAGAAUUCCAUAAAAAAUUCAUGGAUGAAUUUCGUGAUUGAGGAACCAUUCAGCGCAUUUCAUCUCAUCUCUGCAAGCAAAUCUCAAAUGAGGUGAAGCUUGUAAAGUCAUCAUUGUGAAUGUUACAAUCGCUCUCCUCAAUCUUUUUCAAGGGGAUAUUGUACGUUUCCCAAACUAUAGAGGGCAUUUUUGCCAGGCGGUGUUUUUCUUUCUCUGAACAAUUUAUUCAGUGUCGAAUGUUUCGUUUACGUACAAGAGGUUUUUCAUAAACUGUUACUGCUUUGCUUUGGAAACUCGUGAAGCUCAACGUUGUAAUUUCAGGUUCAGAAGAUGUAAUGUCUAAUAGAACCGUAUCAAGUGAUAUUCUAAUCGAA